AUGUCCUCACGGUUUUUCCAUGAAAACUAUGCAGUGAGCAUGACUAUGCAUGAUGUGUUGCCUUCGGUACAGGAAUGCGAUUCUGUUCGUGGUUGGUAUGGCAGAAGUCAUUGGAUCGCACAUUUCUCCUUCGCACCUCAACUUCAUGGCCUACACACAUAUAUCCUGUCCACAUACGUUCCCGUAGCCGGUUGUACAUUCAUGGCCAUCUAA